CGUAUCAGUGUUUCCAUUUUGAAUCAAUUUCUUUAUUUCUCACAGUUAUUACCAUGAACCUCUCCUUCCACAACCUUCCCAGGACUACUCGUCUCUCCCCAUGUUUCAGAACCAAGCAUGUUUCUUCGCCUUCACGUCCUAAUGCACAUAAAUCCUCAAACAUCGAAGCAAAAUUUGGUUCAAAAAUGGUGGAGGGUUUGCUUCAAUGUGAUGUGAAUUUCGCUCCAUUGACUCCUAUAACUUUCUUGGAAAGAGCAGCCAAUUUCUCUGCUGAUGCAACCUCUAUCAUCUAUGGUGAUUCCAAAAAGUAUAAUUGGGCUCAAACUCAUGAACGUUGUUUAAAACUUGCUUCUGCUCUUGCUGGCUUGGGGAUUUCUCGUGGAGAUGUGGUUGCUACCCUAUGCCCUAAUGUCCCUGCAAUGUAUGAGCUACAUUUUGCAGUACCUAUGGCAGGAGCAAUUCUAUGCACCCUUAAUACACGUCUUACUGGAGAUAUGGUUUCAAUUCUACUAGAGCAUUCACAAGCAAAGGUCCUUUUUGUCGACUAUCAAUUACUUGAAGUUGCAAAAGGAGCAUUGAAUAACCUACUAAGCAAAAGUGUUGAAAACAUCCCUACUUUAGUUCUUGUCACUGAUUCUAAUCACUCAUCUACUAGUAAUACCUUAGUCAAGUAUGAAUAUGAGGAGAUACUCUCAAAUGGGAAUAGUAGGUUUGAGAUUGUGAGACCAAAUAGUGAAUUUGAUCCUAUAUGUAUAAAUUACACUUCUGGCACUACAUCAAGGCCGAAAGGUGUUAUUUUUAAUCACAGAGGUGCGUAUUUGAAUUCUCUAGCAACUGUUCUUCUCUCUGGAAUGGGCUUUAUGCCUAUUUAUCUUUGGGUUGUGCCUAUGUUUCAUAGCAAUGGCUGGUGUCUACCUUGGGGUGUGGCUGCUCAAUGUGGAACUAAUGUGUGCCUUAGAAAAGUCACUCCGAAAGAUAUCUUUGAUAAUUUGUUCAAACAUAAGGUGACUCAUAUGGGAGGAGCUCCAACAGUUCUAAACAUGAUUGUAAACUCUAUAAUAGUUGAUAAAAAGUCUCUUCCCCACAAGGUGACAGUGAUGACAGCUGGUUCUCCACCACCACCUCAAAUCAUAUCCAAGAUAGAGGACCUUGGAUUCAAUGUUUCUCACCUUUAUGGCCUAACAGAAACAUAUGGUAUUGGCACUUCAUGUGCAUGGAGACUUGAGUGGGAUUCUUUGGCUCCUGAAGAAAAAUACAAAAGAAGAGCUAGACAAGGAAUUCCUCAUGUGGGUUUGGAUGCAAUUGACAUAAAAGACCCUAACACAAUGGAAAGUGUCCCAGCAGAUGGAAAAACAAUUGGUGAGGUAAUGUUUAGAGGAAACACAGUGAUGAGUGGAUAUCUAAGAGAUUUGAAUGCAACAAAGGAAGCUUUUAAAGGAGGGUGGUUUCAUAGUGGUGAUCUAGGAGUGAAACACUCUGAUGGGUAUAUAGAAAUAAAGGAUAGAUUAAAGGACAUAAUAAUCUCUGGAGGAGAGAAUAUAAGCUCAGUGGAGGUAGAAACACUUUUGUAUAACCAUCCAGCAAUUCUUGAAGCUGCGGUUGUGGCUAGGCCUGAUGAUCAUUGGGGACAAACACCUUGUGCAUUUGUGAGUUUGAAAGAGGGUCUUGAUGUAGAUGCUCAAGAAAUAAUCAAUUUUUGUCGAAACCAUAUGCCUCAUUACAUGGCCCCCAAAACAGUUAUUUUUGAGGAUUUACCAAAAAAUGCAACAGGGAAGAUACAAAAGUAUAUUUUAAGGGAGAAAGCCAAGGCUAUGGGCAGCCUUACUAGAUCACCAAAUGUAGUAGAGAAUUAAUAAGUUGACUUAAAAAGUGAAGUUUAUAGGUAAAGUAAUGAUGAUGUUAUAGUCAAUAAAUGGUUGAAGAAUUACAAGAUGGAUGUAGCUUAAAGAAUGUAAUGUCUCAUUGUCAGAGGUAAUAGGUCAUUUGAUCUUAAAAUAAUAGAGCUUCAUAUAAAAUGCUUAUCUAGCAAUUUAUAAUUUAUUUCCUUUUUGUUUGUUGUACUCUUGUGAAAUAUUUAUAUUAGUUAUUGUUGAGUAUUUGGGUUGAAAA